CAGGAACUAAAACAGUCCAUUCUCCAGGAACUCUGCUCCUAACCAACGCAAUCGGAACCCUGGGCAGGAAUCUUGGAUUAUUUUGAUAUGCAGUAAGCAUCGAACUCUUCAGCAGCUGAGACACAGGAUUGAAGAGAGGAGCAUCUUGAACAUUGUUCCCAUCCCCUGUCCCUCCCUGGGCCCACGGCCUCUGCCCCAACACUGGCAGGACAUUUCGACAAGACGCAGUUAUAACUCUCAAACUGUUGGCAUUUUGUGACUAUCUCAGCGCGGACCUUGCGAUGGGGGGGAGCGAGCGCUGAAAGUGAGGGAGCGUUUGACUGUGACUGGUAGCCCACCUUAAAAAGCCCUCUUCCCCCCAGCCCCCAACCACUGGGGAGAGACAGGGGCAAGGGCCAAAGACAGAGACAGAGAGAGAGAGAGACGGGCACCCCUCAACGUCAACAGGGGAAGACAGCACGGAGAGUGGACCAGGAGAUGGGGCCUUCCCUCGGAGUAUUCCCGUUCCCGCUCGCUGUGCUGCAGCUUCUCCUCUGCUUCUGGGUCUGGCCAUGCCUGGCCUUCACCCCCAACCUGACCUGGGCCUGCCCCCCUCCCUGCCAGUGCUGGCCUCCCCCUCGUCGGUCUGUGUCAUGCCGAGGCCUGGGCCUUCCCUCCAUCCCUGGGGGCCUCCCAUCCGACACCCGGGCGCUGGACUUGAGUGGCAACCUCAUAGCCUGGGUGGGCCAGGCUGAGCUGGAUGGGCUGAACAGCCUGGAAGAGCUGGACCUGAGUGGCAACCGGCUGUGGACCGUGGAGGAACAGCAGCCCUUCCUCAGCCUGUCGGCCCUCAGGCUCGAUGCUAACCCCCUGGACUGUGACUGCAGCCUACGCUGGCUCGUGGAGGCUGUGGCUGGAGGGGGUCUGGAUUUAGGAAACCCUCAGUGCUCCAGCCCACCUGAGGCCCGAGGCCGGGCCUUACUGGAGUACGCCCUUGAGGCCUUCCCUUCCCUGUGCGAGGCUGGAACCCAGAGGCCCAGCCUACUCUUCUCAGCUUCAUCUCCUCCUCCUCCUCCUCCUCCUCCUCUUCCUCUUCAGCCCCGCUCACCGACCCUCCUGGACGAAGAGACCCUCCCAGUUGUCUUCACCAUGGGUUCGGCCUGCUUCCUGGGCAGCAUUGCCCUGUGCUUCGGCCUACUCCUAAUCUGGAGCAGGCUACGAGGCCCAGUGCAGCGCACGACAGAGCUAGAGGGAGUGCCGCCAUCCAGUGGCACAGACGCACAGUCCGAAGCCAUCAAGUACACCACAAAAAUGUUCUGAUCCCCAGCCAGAGCUUCAGAAGGUCAGGCCUCAGAUUCCUGGCCUCUGUCCCUGGGCUAAAAACCACUCAGAUGUUCAGCUCACAUCACCAUUGGUUCUGUGUCUACUAUAACUCAGAUAAAAGUCACCCAAAUAUUGAUUUAGACUCCUAGAUCAUACGGCAUGGAAACAGACCCUUCGGCCCAACCAUCCGUGCUGACCAAGUUUACUAAACUGAUCCAGCCCCAUUUGCCAGCAUUUGGCCCCUAUCUCUCUGACCCCUUCCUAUCCAUGUCCCCAUCCAGAUGCCUUUUAAAUGCUGUAACUGUACCAGCCCCCACCCACUUCCUCAGGCAGCUCCUUCCAUACACGCACCACCCUCUGUGUGAAAAAGUUACCCCUCAGGUCCCUUUUACACCUUUCCCCUCUCACCUUAAACCUACGCACCUUGAGUUACCGACUCCCCCACCCUGGGGGGAAAAGACCUUGUCUAU